AUGUCGUCCGUCAAGUUCGAGGCGACGCAGAAAAUUCGCAAGACGAUGGAAAAGGUUGGCGAGUUCACGGAUCCCGCCACUACCAUCCCCGGCACGAGUGGAAAGCAUCCGAUUACUGCUGCUAUCGGUACUGCCAUUACUGGAGGAAUGGAGAAUGCUGGAACCAAGGGAUAUCUGAUGGCCUAUAUCAAGGAGCUCGAGGAGAACCCCCUCAGGACCAAGAUGCUGACAGCCGGUACUCUCGCCGGUCUCCAAGAAGUUCUUGCUUCGUGGCUCGCCAAGGACCGAAACAAGAAUGGCCACUACUUCACCUCGCGCGUCCCCAAGAUGGCGGUGUACGGUGCUCUCGUCAGCGCUCCUAUGGGCCACUUCCUCAUCUGGGUAUUGCAGAAGGCCUUCAAGAACCGAACCAGCUUGAAGUCGAAGCUUCUCCAGAUUUUCGUCAGCAACGUAGUCAUUGCGCCGAUCCAAAACAGCGUUUACCUCGUUGCCAUGGCCCUGAUUGCUGGCGCGAAGACCUUCCACCAGGUCAAGGCCACUGUUCGUGUGGGAUUCUGGAAGGUCAUGAAGGUUAGCUGGAUUACCUCGCCCAUCUGCCUUGCUUUCGCGCAGAAGUUCCUCCCCGACCACCUCUGGGUUCCCUUCUUCAACCUCGUCGCAUUCAUUAUCGGCACCUACAUCAACACUAUCACCAAGAAGAAGAGGCUUGCGGCUCUCCGAAAGAAGCACUUCGGCAGCGGCGGCAGCGGAUCCGUCGCCGGAUCCCGCCCACCGGAAGACUACCCUCCUCUCGGCCCCAAUCCCCACUACUAG